GAAAUGGAAAAUUGAAAUGUCUUUGUCCUAACAGGCCCACUGACCAAAUAUAUACCGGCCGUUAACACUAAAAAGAAACCAAAGUGCUCAAAUUGGUUGGGAACUUUUUGGAAUUAUAAGCAGUUAGAUAUUCUCCAGUAUUACCACUACAACACCUCCUUACUCCUUACAGUAUAGUAAGUUAUACAAUACAUUAUAAUAAUAUAGUAUAGUAAAGUUAUACAAUAUACUACUACUACACAUAUAGUAUAGAAAGUUAAAGUACACCACCCUGUCACCAUGGCCGACUUUGACACGAGUCGCUUCUUUGACUUUGAGAAUGCAGACGACUUCUUGGAUAGUAUCUCAGGCUCAUUGAGCAGUAGCUCUAAUAACAACGGCGGUGUAUUUAUGGAAAACUCCAUUAGUUCCAACUCCAACCAGAACUCCUCGGCCAAUAAUUAUGACGAACCCUUGAAUAGAUUUUAUUCCAAUACUUCCGAUAAUACUUCUAUUGAAUGGAGUGAUUCAAAUACCAAUAAUAUCAUUAAUACCAAUAAUAGUAAUGAUCUUAAUAUCGAUUCGGUAAAUUCCGAUGAUUAUCCCAUCAACCAUGACUUGAUAAAUCCAAAUAUUAAUAUUACUUUACCAACUGGUACAGAUUCAGUAUUUGAUGAUAUUGUAAGUUCUGGUACUAAGAAUAAUAAUAAUGGUGGUAGAGUAGAUUCUAUGUCUACUCUGACUUAUUCUCAAGAUGAUGGUAUAACUCCACCUCAUGUCAAUACUUCCAUAAGCUCAGUUCAUACAUCUCCUGAACCCGCUAAAGUUAAAUUAGAAGCUGGAACUUCAGAGGAAGAAUAUGAUUAUUCUGAAAGUGAUGAUCAAAAGUCAUUAGGCAAUACAGGAAAGCCUCCUAAGAAAUCGAGUAAAAAGGCUUCAAGAGUUACUAAGCCAAAGAUUAAGGAUAAAUCGUCUCAUAAUAUGAUUGAAAAGAAGUAUAGAACCAAUAUUAAUUCCAAGAUUUUGACCUUACGAGAUGCAGUUCCAUCUUUAAGAAUAGCUGCCGGUAAAGGUGAUAUUUCUAUUGCUGAUUUAGAAGGUUUAACUCCUGCUUCUAAAUUAAAUAAAGCCAGUGUAUUAACUAAAGCUACCGAAUAUAUUAAACAUUUGGAAAGUAAAAAUGAGAUCUUGAGAAGUCAAAAUAUACAGUUACAAAGAUUAAUUCAGGAUGUUAAUUUACAUCCUCAACCUCAACAACAACCUCAACUUGCACAUCAACUUGCUCCACCUCAACAACAACCUCAACAAGCUCAAGGAUUUGGCUUUUAUCCUCCUAAUGAUCAAUCCUUCUAUGCUACUCCUAUCCAACAAUCAUAUUCUGGUAAUGGUGGUAGCUUUGUAUUCAGCGGUAAUCAACAGUUUUCUCCACAAGCUCCUCAAAUCCCACCUCAACAACAACAACCUAAUAAAUUCUUAAUGGGUGGUAUGGCUGCUGUCAUGGGGACUUCGUUGUUUGCUGGUACAGGUACAAACGACUUUAAAGGGUUGAGUGCUUUACCAUUUGCUCAUUUAUUACCAUAUGCUCUUACUCAUCCAUCUCCACUUGUAAUACAGUUUUGGACUUUAUUCAAAGUCUUAUUAUUUGUCGGUAGUGUAGCUUCAUUAAUACUACCUAUUAUUAAUAAGCCAGCUUCUGAUAAAUCAUCUAAAACAGCAGUGACAACCGAACAAAACUUGAUUAUCAGUUGGUUCUUGGUUACAUUAGGUUUCCAAUUACCUAUUGAAUUAUCCAGUAGUCAAAGAGAUGCCAUUGUUUCUAGAUUAGUCAAUGGUAAUGGUGAUUGGAUCCAAUUAUUCAAAGACUAUACUUUAUUAUCAAUAAGUCAAAUCAACUUUGAAAAUUGUUUCUUAAACUUAAUCACUGGUAGAAUCUUAACUUUUAAAUAUCCAAUCCUGGAAAAGCUUUUAAACCAUAAUUUAUCCAUCAAAGGAUCAUUAAUUCUUAAUUUGGAUUAUAAGGGUAAAUCCAAAUCCAUUAAGAAAUUGAAUCAAUUAGUUUCACAAUUCGAUGGACUUUCUUUACUUGGAUCUGAAACAUUAAUGUUAAGAUUAAUCAAUUUGAUUAAUGGUAAACAUAUCAAUUAUGAGAUCAAUGAUGGACAAAAUCAUGUCAAGUAUGUUGAAUUUCUUCAAGAUAAUGGAGAAGAUUAUUAUGCCAUUAUCUUAAACUGGAGAAUGCUUGAGAUUAUUCAUGAAUUAAAUUUGAAUUACUUGCAAGAUUUAAAUGAUGAAGAUCAUAGUAAAGAUAUCUUGAAGGAUUUGAAUAAGAUUGAUGAAAUCAUUAGUAAAGAAGAUGGAAGAAUCUAUCACUACUUUAAAUUAUUCAAGACCAUAUUGAACUCCAAUGAUGGACCAUAUUUGUUAAAGGAUAUCAAUGACCAGGUUGAAAGGUAUUUAGUUAAUUUCAAGACCAUUUUAGAAGGUCAAGAAUUGACUGACCAUGAGAUCUUUGAAGAUGAAGAAGAAGAGCAAGAUGUUGAACAUGAAGAGGACGAAGAAGAAGAAGAAGUUGAAGUUGAUGAAGAAACCGUAGCUCCAAUCAUUAAGUUCAAGCCUACCUUAAAGGCUCAAAAGUCAUUAAUAACAUCUCUUAACUUGGUCAAUGAAGAACAAUUUAUCAUCUUGGUUAGUUCUUUAAUAGUAUACUACUACAAAAAUAACGAAAUAAGCCAUGCCAUCAAACUCUUAAACUAUUUGAAAUUAUCAUCGUCCACUCAUAAAUUGACAUGCUUAAGUUUCUCCAGUAUCAUCAAUUUACUUAAGGAAUUAAUUCCUGGUAAGAUUGAAGAUAAUGAAGUGUUGGAUAAUUUAAUUAAGGUCAGUAGAGAAUGGUUGAAUGAAACUAAGUUUAUGGACUUUGAAUUACGAAGCGAUUUGAGUAAGUUCAUCAUUGACAAGGCGGUUAUUCUUAAUGGAAUCGAAGCCAAUGAUACUGACGAUGAAUAAAUGAAUAGAAAUAACACGCGAUUCGUACGGCUAGAGAAUCGAGUGUUUUGGCGGGGUUAAGGCAGGGAGUAUUGCAAUAAUUUAAUUUAUUUUAAUUUAAUUUAUUAUACGUUUAAGUGGUUAUUUUUUAUUGCUUAUUUCUUUUAUUUCAGUUCGUGCUUUAUUAUGACAUGUUUCUUUAUUUAGUUUCUUAAUAUUAAUAAUAUAUUUCAAUUUUGUUAGCCCGGUUAAUGUAAUUAGAAUCAAAUGAA